AUGGCCUCCCUGCAGACCUGGACCAAGUGCUUCACAGGAUGGAUCUUCUUCUGCUGCUGUUGCUGUCUCCCUCUUCUUCUCACCAGCCCUCUGCCUCCAAAAGGGGUAGAAGUAGCUGUUAUUGGUCAUCAUGCCUGCAGGCUCAGGAAGAUCAACUUCCAGCAGCCCUACAUCAGGAAUCGCACCUACACCUUGGCUAAAAUGGCCAGGGCUUCAGACCAGGACACAGAUAACAGGCUCAUUGGACAGCAACUCUAUGUUAACAUCAAGGAAAACAACCGCUGCUACAUGAUGAAGAGAGUUGUACAGAUCAUUGUGAAAGAUGUCCUCCUGUCUGAAGCCAAGGAUCAGUAUCCCUACGUAGAGGAGGUGGCACAGUUCUUGGCGUCCAUGACCUCAGAGCUGAGCAAAUGCAAAUUCUCAGGACACAGAGAGCAUGUUGAAAAGAAUUUGGAAGAAAUGAAAAGCAAAAUGAAACAGUUGGGAGCAAAUGGAAAGAAUAAAGCUAUUGGAGAACUGGAUUUACUGUUUGACUACAUAGAAAAUGCAUGUACUGACACCCCAAAGAAGGGAGGGAACAAGAAGAAAAACUAA